AUGGCUGCCAACUCACAACAGUUUGGCAUUCGCCAACAUCCUAAUCCACCACCCAAAUCAGUUAAUGAAGUGAGCACUUCUAAUGCUAAUCAGCUUGGUCAACAAUUAGCUCAAUUAAUUGCAGUGGUACAACAACUUGCUUUAGGCCAACAGGUGUGGCCAUGUGUAAUACGUCAGGUUAUGGGGCACGCUACUGAUACUUGCCCUACUCUAUUUGAGGGAGAGACUGAGGGUGUUAAUGUUGUAGGUAAUUUCCCAAGUCAAUUACGUCAGAUGUACUAUGAACCUUUUUCACAAACUUAUAAUCUUGGCUGGCAUGAUCAUCCAAAUUUUUGUUAUGCGAAUCACCAACAAGUUGUUCCAUGGUCUACACCUGUGAGACCACCUAGUUUUUCUCUUCAACAACGAUCUCAACAGAACUAUGCACCUAGACCAUCACAAGCACCAAAAGCUGCUCAACCACCAAGUGCAAAACCCUCUACUGAAGAUUUAAUCGAUGCAAUUGCUACAAAUAUGCUUCAGUUUCAACAAACUACCCAAGUGUCCAUCAAAAGUUUGGUGAAUCAGGUGGUUCAACUAGCGGCAUCAUAUAACAGGUUGGAAGCUCAUCUUUCUAAUAAAUUGCCUUCACAACCUGAGAGGAAUCCCAAGGAGAAUAAAAAGUCACAUAAAUCAACUAUGUCAACCUAUGUCCCUCGUCCGCCUUUUCCAAGCAGGUUGAAAAAGUUUAAGAAAGAGGAAGCGGACAAGGAAAUUCUUGAGACUUUUUGCAAAGUUGAGGGUGAUGAAAAGAUAAGUGUGGGGGAGAACGUCUCUGUUGUUCUCCAAAAGAAGCUGCCACCAAAAUGCAAGGAUCCUAGAACCCUUACAAUUCUUUUUAUGAUUGGGAAUAAAAGGAUUGAGCGGUGUAUGAUAUAUUUGGGAGUAUUGAUUAGUGUCAUGUCAUAUUCAUCACAUGCUUCUUUAAAUCUUGGGCCACUAAAGGAGACAGGAGUUAUUGUUCAGUUGGCCAAUCGCACUAAUGCUUAUCCUUUAGGGGUAGUUGAAGAUGUGCUGGUAAAGGUUGAUGGACUUGUCUUUCCAGCAGAUUUCUAUAUACUUGAAAUGGGGGAUGCAUAA